AUGGUUGGACUUCAUAAGGUCUCCAACGCAGUUAAAUCAGACCAACUGUACAAUUUGCGUAAAGCCACUGGCCGUCACAAAUUAGCCAGUUAUCUGGCUAUUACUGAAAUAUAUGAUCCAUCAACAGACCAAUGGAACACUACUGGAAGCAUGGCAAUACCACGUGAAUUUCAUACUGCAACUCUGCUAAAUUCUGGCAAAGUUCUUGUCACUGGUGGCCAAGGAUCUACCGGUUAUUUGACUGAAUGUGAAAUAUAUGACCCAUCAACCGGCCAAUGGCAUACUGCUGCGAGCAUGGCAAAACCGCGAAAAUAUCAUACUGCAACCCUACUCAAGUCGGGCCAAGUUCUUGUCACAGGUGGCACCACCACUGAGUCAGAUGUUCUACUGAAUAGUACUGAAAUAUAUGAUCCAUUAACGGACAAAUGGAGCCAUAGUGCAAGCAUGGCAGCAGCACGUUCUGAGCAUACUGCAAUUCUACUUAAUUCGGGCAAAGUACUUGUCUCUGGUUAUGGAGUUACUUCUGAAAUAUAUGAUUCAUCAAACGGUCAGUGGA